AAGGUAAUUAAGCACGUUUAAUUCCUGAAAUAUUAAGAUGGUAGCCGUAGGUAGGACAAAUAAUCACACAAGCGCACUACUUAAUCCACAUUGUUUUUUUGCUUCCUCUACUCUGCUAUUUCCUUAUCUUCAAGUCCCAUAAAACUCCAUUGCUAAAACAUGAAAGUUAUAGCUCCUUCCCAUCUAAAACUGAUGUUCGGGUCUAGCCAGCCGACGUCACGCUCCUAUCCAUGUGUACAAAAUGCUCAGAGAUCUGACUCGUGCGGAACUAGUCGCUCUGAAUGGCGAAGCACAUUUGCUACUCUAACAAGCAAGGUUGUUACUCAAAAAACCUUACCAAUGCCUCCAGUUUCCGUCGGAAUCGAUCAUGUGAACGGUCAUAACCGCGCUGCACGUGUCCUGGGAAUGAAUCAGAAGCCUCUCAGUGUCAAUGAUCCCCCGGCACCCAUGCACGGAGGAGCUAAUCUACGUGUUGCGUAUCAAGGCGUUCCAGGCGCUUACUCUGAGGCAGCCGCAUGUAAGGCUUACCCUAACUACGAGUCUGUCCCUUGCGACCAGUUUGAAGUUGCGUUUCAAGCGGUAGAGCUCUGGAUCGCCGACCGUGCGGUUCUACCAAUCGAGAACUCUCUCGGAGGUUCUAUCCACCGAAACUAUGAUCUUCUCCUCCGUCAUUGUCUCCACAUCGUCGGCGAAGUCCAGCUCCCCGUUCACCACUGCCUCUUAGCUCUUCCCGGAGUACGCAAAGAGUUCCUCACGUGCGUGAUGUCGCACCCUCAAGGCCUCGCUCAGUGCGAGCGCACACUCACAAAGCUCGGUCUCAACGUCACCCGCAAGGCCGUCGAAAACACCGCGGUGGCCGCCGAGCACAUCGCCGCCAACAAUCUACGUGACACGGCGGCGAUAGCGAGCGCACGCGCAGCCGAGAUUUACGGGCUGGAGGUUUUGGAAGACGGUUUACAAGACGACGCGAGUAACGUGACGCGCUUCGUGAUGCUGGCGCGUGAGCCUAUCGUACCGAGAACUGAUCGUCCGUUUAAAACGAGCAUCGUCUUCGCUCACGAGAAAGGCACUAGCGUGCUUUACAAGGUGCUCUCUGCUUUCGCGGCAAGGGACAUCAGCUUGACGAAGAUCGAGUCCAGGCCGAAUCACAACCGUCCGAUCAGGCUCGUCGACGAUGCCAACGUAGGGACGGCGAAGCAUUUCGAGUACAUGUUCUAUAUCGACUUCGAGGCCUCGAUGGCGGAGACGCGUGUUCAGAACGCUCUCUCGGAGGUUCGGGAGUUAACGUCGCUCUUGCGGGUGCUGGGGAGUUAUCCCAUGGAUAUGACUCCUUGGUCACCAUCAUCCUCAACAUCCCACACGGCUUCGUCUAAAAUGAACCAUUCAUAUGGAAACGUAAACAUGGCGAAACCAUAAUAUAUAUAGUAUGUUACAAUCUUGCAUUUCCAAUAAAAUAAAAAUAAUUGCUGGAUAAUAAAGCAUGGUAAACUAUAAA